GUAAUUCAGACUAUCACUGCAACUGACAAAGAUAACCCUGCAAAUGGGGCAAGAUUCCAUUUUUCCCUUGAUGAGGGGCUUGCUUUGAAUCCCAACUUUACUCUAAGGGACAAUGAAGAUAAUACAGCCAGUAUCCUGACAAGACGAAGGAGAUACAGUCGAACCACUCAAGAUACCUAUUACCUCCCGGUUUUGAUUUCUGAUGGUGGAGUGCCCCCUCUCAGCAGCAGCAGUACUCUCACGAUUAGGGUUUGUGCCUGUGAGAGAGAUGGACGAGUGAGAACUUGCCAUGCUGAAGCUUUCCUCUCCUCAGCUGGCUUGAGCACAGGAGCUUUAAUCGCAAUCCUGCUCUGUGUUGUCAUUCUUCUUGCAAUUGUGGUCCUUUUCAUCACUCUAAGACGCAGCAAGAAGGAGCCACUGAUCAUUUCAGAAGAAGACGUCCGGGAAAAUGUUGUGACGUAUGAUGAUGAAGGCGGUGGAGAAGAAGACACAGAAGCAUUUGACAUCACAGCACUGAGGAAUCCAUCAGCUGCUGAGGAGCUGAAGUACCGGAGAGAUGUUCGUCCUGAAGUGAAGCCUGUGCUCAGGCAUCAUGCCUCCUCAAGCCUUGACAGUAUAGAUGUUCAAGAGUUCAUUAAACAAAGACUGGCAGAGGCUGAUCUGGACCCCAGCGUUCCCCCGUAUGACUCCCUACAGACAUAUGCUUAUGAGGGUCAUAGAUCAGAAGCUGGAUCUAUCAGCUCCCUGGAUUCAGCCACAACACACUCUGACCAGGAUUAUAAUUACCUUGGAGACUGGGGACCUGAGUUUAAGAAGCUAGCUGAACUCUAUGGGGAAAUAGAAUCAGAAAGAACAACUUAG